AUGGGGAUAAAGGGUCAGGCGUUGGCAGACUUCAUUGCCGAGUUUACUGGACCAAUUAAUGAAGAAGCGGAGAACUUGAAAGAACCAUCCUGGGAAUUAUACGUCGACGGGUCAUUAAGUGAACAGGGAGCAGGAGCCGGGAACUCUCAUGCGGACGCGUUAGCUUGCCUAGCAACUGCCCGGGAUGUAGAAUUCUUGGGAGAGAUAUCUGUCAAUUUUUUGGUCGCCUCGAGCACAGAACAACGAGUUGAAAUGCUAGUGAUCUCGACGCCGGAAGACAAGUUGGAAGCACGUCGUCUGCGAGCUCAAGCAGCUCGAUAUUGCAUCUAUGAUGAUAAACUGUACAGGAGGGGGUUCUCAGCCCCUCUCCUGAGGUGCAUCGAUGGCACCGACUGCCAGACUGUGCUAGAAGAAAUUCAUGCAGGUCACUACCAUAAUCAUGCGGGGGCACUUUCGCUGGCACAAAAGGCCCUCUGA